CAGAAACUGAUGGACAAAGUAUCAUCUUGGGCGCGAUUACUUCACAAGAACAUUUUGCCACUAUAUGGAAUUGCACAAGAUUUCGGGCACUUUCCGUCAUUAGUGACGCCAUGGGUGAACGAGGGGUCGUUGAAUGACUACAUCGAUAGUCAUCGUUUGUCACUAGGGUGCAAGUUGGAUCUCGCCAAGCAGGUAGUAGCUGGCCUCGGCUAUCUGCACGCUCAUUCUAUUGUGCAUGGGGAUAUCUCUGGACUCAAUAUCCUGGUGGACCAUGAGGGUAGAGUGCAAUUGUCCGACUUCGGAGUCAUGCCACUGCUCGCGGACAUCCCAGGUUCGGCUCAGCCAUCUGGAGGCGUCCGCUCAGCUGUGCGAUGGACUGAUCCUCAGUUAUUCGAGGCGCAGAAAGGCGAAAUCAAUCCAUACAUUCCAACGGAGCAGACUGACAUCUAUUCGAUAGGCAGUAUUAUUCUGCAGUUGCUCACAGGAUCAAUACCUUAUCACGAUAUCAAGAACAACAUUCAUGUCGUUGUAUUAUCUUCGAGAGGCGUCAAGCCCAAACGUCCUGACGAAACGUUUGUCACUAGUGCACAGUGGAACUUUAUUCAAAGAUGUUGGUCUCCUACCAGUCGUCCAACUAUCGAGGAAAUACAAGAA